AAUGUCAAAUUUAUAGUCCAUCGGGGCGAAGCCCCACGUCAGACUUUACAACUUCGUAGACUACCUAAGGCCCCUAGUGCCUAUGAUUCCUGACCCCCUGAGGAUCACCUCUUGCACUGGAGAGGGCACGCCCAUGGCGAUCAUUCCCCUUCCUAGUCCGGCACGGAAACGCCGUUUAGAGGUGCAUCCUAUAGGCGAGCGGGGUAGUCCUGUCUUCUGCUUAACUUUGCAGUCUGGCUGGUUGGUGUUUCGUCUUCUAAGUACCCUGGCUGCUGCUCUACCCCCAUGCCUGGCAAUCGCUUUGGAUUCUAGGAUUCGGGUAGGGGGUUCAUACAUUCAGAGGUGCAGGGUGUUGAUAGUUGGCCAAAAGAGGCUCGCAACAGCCACCGCUUUGAGAGGCAGAUUGGCGGAUGGUGCUGCCUUCACUACCGUUGCUUCGCCAAUCGUAUUAGGCACCUAUGCGGAAGGAUGGUUCCCGCGAAGUCGUUACGAGGAAGUGCUCCAGCUCGUGGCCCGAAAACUGUGCCAAAUGAUGGGGAGAGGAGGAAGCUGGAGAACGAGUUGUUGAACCUUUCGCAUGAGCGUGUGCCGGAGAUUGGGAGGAAGGUCAAGGCUAGGGAUGGGAGGAAGGAGAGGGAGAAGAGAGAGCGGGCGAGGGAUCGGAUAGGGUGGGAGGACUGGGAAAAAGUCGAAAUAGGAAUCGAGAAGGGCGGGAAAGCCGUGAUAGGGCCAGGGAAUAUGGUCCUCGUGAACGCGAGUGGGAUCGAAGGGAUACCUACGACCGCCCUCGUUCUGCUGAACCCCGCUCUCCCCCCUCCUGCGUCCCCUUCAACUACGCUAAAUGCGAACCCAGCAGGCGCUCUUCCUCCUCCCAAACCCGCUUCUUCCCCUGCCCAACUCAAAAACAUGGCUGCCGAACUGCAAAAUCGAAAUCGGUGGUCCUGGCGUUCUCGCCGCAAUGUGCCAAUUUGCCUGGAAAGGCAUAGCUUGAGGCAUUUGGAUCACGAGUCCAUCUACGGGGGCCGUGUCAUAGUGCUCCGGCGAAAUGCAAAUAACCAGAGGGACUGGACUGGAAACCAAGGGAUGAUGGGGGAGCAGGGCGCGAUAAAUUGUUUGGUCACUAAAAUGAUUGAAGAGGAUGCUGAGCGGGAUCAAUCUGCUGUGGUGGGCGAUGUGAGCUCAGAGACCGACACUCAAAGCCGGGCAGAGAUUGGGAUGCAGAAAUUCAUGGGUGGCAGAUUUCGAAUUUCCUCAAUUGCUGCAGGCCACCAAACAUGUCUGCACGAUGGGAAUGGUCUCCACAACGGCCUCGGGACUUGUGUUCUGAGUAAACAAUGA